AUGUUCAACAUGUUCAACAAAGUGGCCUCGGAAGGACCAACCUUACCGUCCUUUUCAACAACCUUGACAUCAGACACAAUUUCAAUGGUACCUCUGGCAAUCUUGGUUGGGACACCCAAAGCUUGGAAGAAAGAGGUCUUACCUGGCUCCAUACCGGUGUUACCGGCUGGAAUCCACACAUCAGCUGGAGCAACGGCACCGGCCUUGGCUGGAGCAGCAACAACGUUGGAAGUAAUGGUGUCUCUAACAGAUUUCAAGUCACUGUUGGUGAAAAUGAAACCAACGUUACCCUUGACGAAAGGCAACAACUUCUCAAAGUCUGGCAAGUCAGCCAAGAAUCCUCUCAAGGCUCUUCUAACCAUGGUGUUCUUACCCAUCAACACAACACCUUCACCUCUCAAUGCACGUCUAAUUUCGUGCAUUUGUUGA